AUGGCGACAAAACGUUAUAUAUUGUCAUUAUCAAGUGCAGAAUUUAAAAAUUUCAUAGACUCCAUUGAUGUAGUUUUAUCAGACUGUGAUGGCGUACUAUGGAAGGAAACCCAAGUAAUAAAGAAUUCACCUGAAACUGUAAAUAAGUUUAAAGAAUUAGGUAAAAAGUUUUUUUACAUAACAAAUAGUAAUACCAAAACCAGGUCUGAAUUUGUGGACAAGUGUAAAAAUCUUAAGUAUGAUGCAACAAUAGAUGAAAUAGUAUGUUCUUCAUUUUUGGCUGCUAUGUAUCUUAAGGAAAAAAGAUUUAAUAAAAAAGCAUACGUAGUUGGGAGUGAUGGUAUUACCAAGGAAUUGGAAGCUGAAGGUAUCAAACAUUUUGGUGUCGGACCAGAUGUAACGGAAGGUGAUGAAGUAGAAAUGAUAGAAAACUUUAAACCAGACCCAGAAGUUGGAGCAGUUAUUGUAGGCUUUGAUAAACACUUUAGUUUUCCUAAGCUUGUGAAAGCUGCCACUUAUUUACAAGAUCCAAAUGUUCAUUUUAUAGGGACAAAUUGUGAUGUAGAAAGACCAUCGCCAAAUACUAAUAAAUUCCCAGGAACUGGAUGCUUCAUAAAGAUUAUAGAAAUGGCAUCCAAUAGAUCGGCAGUGAUGCUUGGAAAACCAGAAUCAUUUUUGAGUGAAUAUAUUAUAAAGAAAUAUGGUUUAAAUCCUCAAAGAACACUUAUGAUUGGUGACAAUUGUAAUACUGACAUUCUUCUUGGGAAACGUUGUGGAUUUAAAACUCUUCUUGUAUUAACGGGUAUUACAACACAAAAUGACGUAGAUGCCAUGAGCGCUUCUACUACUAGCUCUAAAGAUUUGAUAAUUCCAGACUAUUAUGCAAAUGAGUUAGGUGAUGUACUAAAAAUGAUUGCAUCAUCUUGA